AUGCAUAGCAGCCAAAGAUCGGAGUUUAGAUGUAGCGGUGGUCGCAGUUUCAAACUUCUUCCCAUUCAAACUUUGUAUAGCACUGAUGGCGGAGAUACGUUUGCUUUUGCAUUCAAGGCUACUUAUAGGAGAGUGAAGGUCGUUUUUCAUAAUCCUGGUGUUCAAGAGGAUCCGACUUGUACCUCUUUUGGAUCCCAUUGCAAUCAAAGAAAUGGUUCCUCUAAGAUAUACCAAAGGAAAUUUGGUGAAUGUGGAUUUGAGAUCGGGCCUCACAUGUUCAUAAACUUCUUAACAUGGGUCCUCCUCCUUCCCAAAAUACACGGCAUAGUUUCACUGCUCCCCGGGUGGAUAAUCAAGUCACUGAAACCAGCAAAAUCCAUAGACUCAAAGCACUUUCAAGUACCCAAGGGCCUAGCUGCCAUCGAGUUGGUUGGCGGUAGAGAAACCGCUAUCGCGCAAAUCAUUCGCACCAUCCCAAACAAACUGUACAAACUAUCAUUCACCAUUGGAGACGCCAAGAACGGGUGUCAUGGAUCGAUGAUGGUGGAGGCUUUCGUAGCAAAGGAAACCUUGAAAGUUAAAUAUGAGUCUAUCGGGAAAGGCGGGUUUAAAACAGCAAGCUUUGAGUUUGAAGCCAUUUCAAAUAGAACAAGAGUUACAUUCUAUAGUGCUUUUUACCAUACAAAGCUUAAUGACUAUGGUCACUUUUGUGGUCCUGUCUUGGAUGAUGUUAAGGUUUUUCCUGUUCAUCAUUAAACACUUGGAAAAUUUUAAAGACAUUUCUUUGAAGCUAGAUUAGAACCAACAAUGAUGUAACCUAAAAAAAGAU